GGAACGGAAACCGUAAGUCAACGAAACGGUCGUGAUGGCUGACGACUAACCACCGUCACCAAACCCCCAACACCCAUCGAAAACGUGUUUUCCCCUUUCUCUAUUUAAAUAUCAUCCACCACCCUUCCCUUCAUUUCACCCAUACCCUCGAAUCAAUCUGUUUAUCCCUUUUCAAAGUCAAAUCCUUUUCUCAGAUUUCUUUCAAAUUCAUCUAACCAUGUCUCAGACUGUUGUUCUUAAGGUUGGCAUGUCAUGUGGUGGCUGUGUUGGGGCUGUGAAGAGGGUUCUUGGCAAAAUGGAAGGGGUGGAAACUUUUGACAUUGAUCUUGAGCAACAAAAGGUGACAGUGAAGGGUAAUGUGCAGCCAGAUGCAGUUCUACAGACUGUUUCCAAAACAGGGAAGAAAACCGAAUUCUGGCCAGUUGAAGCAGCAUCUGCUGUUGCUUAAUCUACAAGUAGUAAUGGUUUCUGGAACUUGAUAUUAAAUUCUGUAGUUUGUUUUUAUGUGUGUUUGUUCUAAUGUAAAGCUAAAACUAUUAUGUCGCUAUAACAUUUGGUAUUUUGAACUUGAGAAUAAAUGCACAGCAUAAUUCUUGUGUUGUGAUAUCUCAGAUAAGUUUGGUUUCAUCUUUAUUCUCUAUGUGUUUGAGUUCAAUUGGAAAUUUUAUUAAUCAACAAUGUUGGAUGCUGGAUUUGGGAGCUUCAUGUCAUAUACACCAAUUGGCAGAGACCACUAGGGCCUAAAGGAACAUUCUAAUAUAUCCAAAACAAAUGACCCAAGGAAUUUGAACAUUUGAAUAUUUGAUCAAAGACCUCAAAGUGAAGAAAGAAAACACACAAAAGGAUAGAUCAUCUUCAUCAAUUGUUAUCAAUAAAUAUGUGAAGAAUCACUUUGAGUUUCAAUCGGCAAGACGAUACAAUCAACACUAGAAGGUGUUGGAUUCAGGAUCUUUGUGUCAUUUAACAUCAAUAUUUUGGGAUCUUUUGCAUGACUAAAAAAGGAAAGUAACACUACCGUUUUGGCAAAUAAUUAUUGUGAGUGCGAAUAAAAGACGUGAAGAAGACGAAGAUGCUGAUGAACAAGAUAGAUGGUUAGAAGAUGGAAAAGCCAUCCCAUGAAUCCAAUACUCUUGUGCAUAUUUGUAUUGGGCAAAAAUAAGGAAACAAAUAUACCACUAGAAUAUCUAGUGGGCAGUUGCUAAUAUAGGCCCCUCAACAAUACAUAGAUACAAUUUAUAAAUGACACCCCCUCAUACUCAAGGAGGAUUGUAAACAACGAGCUUGAGUUUGUGAAAAAAAGACUCUAGAGUCUCGGCAUUAUUGGAGACCUAAAGAAGGCGAACCAGGUGACCAACAAUGUAUUGGGAAAUGAAAUGACAAUCGAUCUCAACAUAUUUUGUAUGUUUAUGAAAACAUCAUUAUGGGC